AUGUCGCGUGGCCGGAAUGUUUGUUCCGUUGACGAUCGCAAGGUGAACAAGGGAGGCGCCAAAGCGGUAAUGGCUGUGGCAGAAAUCCGCGCGCCAAUCGGAAAAAAAUUCGUUCGCCAGAAAACCACUGAGAAAGAUGAUAAGUCGAAAAUGGUGUCCGAAACGGUUUACGAGCAGUGGAUGGAUUCUGUGAUUGAGAACGGCGUGAAAAAUAUACGCCGAGAAUACUUGGAACUGGUGCGCAGCUAUGUGCCAAGCGGAACUCAACGAGCUUGGGAAUCAGACAAAAACUACGAUAAAAACAGGCAAAAGAUAGAUUCUUUCAAGGAAGAUUACAUCAACGCCUCCUAUGUAGACGUCGGUGAAGGGCUGAAGUUUAUUGCUGCACAGGGCCCUAUGUCAAACACAAUCCAAGAUUUCUGGAUUAUGGUUAUCCAAGAGGAAGUUAAAGUGAGUGUCACCAAACAAAUUGUGCUAAAAUUUAGACUGCUAUGA